AGAUAUUAUAAUAUAUUUACCGGAAAAGCGAAUAUCCUGUGGCAUGUGGAUUAAUAAUAUAAUAACGUUUGGUAAGCAUUAACUGGAACGUACUCUAAGUAAAUUGGUGUUUGGUCGAAACUGCCCGUGGAUACGCGAUGGGAAAACGAUCGGCAAAAUGGCGGAACCUUUGGAAAAAUUGGUCGUUACACGGGAAAAGGAUUUUGUCAAACAAAAUAUUCUUCGUGCGAAAAGUUCCUAUCCGGCAGAGCCCAAAUGGCGAUCCGUCGAUACUCGUCACGGUGACACAUAUGAUUUAAAGAGGAGCGGAUUGUUUCCGAUAUACGUGCAUAAAAAAAAUUAUGGAAAAGUACCGAGAUUCGUCGCAAAAGCUGACGAGAGGAUGGAAACGGAAACAACUGAACGGUUUGACGGGGAGAAGGUGUCAGGAGUAUCGGCGUGCCGAUACAUCGACCAAGAGGAGCGAAGGAUACUGCUGGAUGGUAUGAAGCAAAAGUGGGAGGAAGCGAUGAAACGAUUCCGAGGGUUACCGUUCCUCGCAGACACCUUGCCGAAGGCGCAGAGGAAGGCGAGGAUGGAACGCGAGUUGCAACAACUCGAGAAAGACAUAGCGAUUGUCGAGCAACAUCAGCAUAUAUACGUUUAUGAUGACACGACGCACAGCAUUAACGUGUUUUAACGCCUGUGAAUCGACAUAAUAAAAAUCUAUAUACAUGUUGAUAUUUAAACUUCUGAAAUUCUUAUAUGUAGGAACACGGAUUAAUGUAAUAAAUGAGCCCAUUUUUUCUGUGUAUCAUUAAGAAACAAUUUCUAGAUUUCUCAUGUAUGUACGUUCUCGUCCUGAAAAGUUUUCGAAUUAAUUAUCGAUGUUUGUUGAUAAUUUUUGUGCAGAAUCUACAGUUUAGCAACGUC